GCUGGCUCAUCGAACGCGCCUCGCGUGAAGUCGCGUAGCGCAGGGCUCGUCCGGCGGCCGCCCGCGCGUACGUUCGGCGCCCGCGCCGCCCGCGCCGCCGCCAUGGCCGACGAGGCGCCCGCCGAGGCGCCCGCGGCCGCCGAGGAGCCCGUCGUCGACGAGGCGACGCGCGAGCGGCUGCAGGCCCUCGACGCCCUGCGCGGCAAGAUCCGGGAGCACAAGGAGAUCGAGGCGAAGCUCAAGGAGGCGCGGCUCAACGCCAAGGGCCUCAUCAAGGAGUUCAACGACACGGAGGGCGCGCUGAACGCGCUCCAGAGCGUCGGCCAGAUCAUCGGCGACGUGCUCCGGCGCCUCGACGAGGAGCGCUACAUCGUCAAGGCGAGCAGCGGGCCGCGCUACGUCGUCGGGUGCCGCAACAAGCUCGACAAGGAGAAGCUCAAGCCCGGCACGCGCGUGACGCUCGACAUGACGACGCUGACGAUCAUGCGCGCGCUGCCGCGCGAGGUCGACCCGACGGUCUACCACAUGCUCAACGAGGACCCCGGCGGCAUCUCCUUCGGGGAGAUCGGCGGUCUGGGCGAGCAGGUGCGCGAGCUGCGCGAGGUCAUCGAGCUGCCGCUGACGAACCCCGAGCUCUUCGUCCGCGUCGGCAUCAAGGCGCCCAAGGGCGUGCUGCUCUACGGCCCGCCGGGCACGGGCAAGACGCUCCUGGCGCGGGCCCUCGCCUCGAACAUCAACGCGACCUUCCUCAAGGUCGUCGCGUCCGCCAUCGUCGACAAGUACAUCGGCGAGUCCGCGCGCGUCAUCCGCGAGAUGUUCGGCUUCGCCAAGGACCACCAGCCCUGCGUCAUCUUCAUGGACGAGGUCGACGCCAUCGGCGGGUCGCGCUUCAGCGAGGGCACGUCGGCGGACCGCGAGAUCCAGCGCACGCUCAUGGAGCUGCUGAACCAGCUCGACGGCUUCGAGCAGCUCGGCCAGGUGAAGAUGGUCAUGGCGACGAACCGGCCCGACAUCCUCGACCCGGCGCUGCUGCGGCCGGGGCGGCUGGACCGCAAGAUCGAGAUCCCGCUGCCCAACGAGGCCGCGCGCCUCGACAUCCUCAAGAUCCACGCGGGGCCCAUCACGAAGCGCGGCGAGAUCGACUACGAGAGCGUCUGCAAGCUCGCGGACGGCUUCAACGGCGCGGACCUGCGCAACGUCUGCACCGAGGCGGGCCUCUUCGCCAUCCGCGCGGACCGCGACUACGUCCUCGAGGAGGACUUCAUGAAGGCCGCGCGCAAGAUCGCGGAGGUCAAGAAGCUCGAGUCCAAGGCGGAGUACUCCAAGCCCUAGGCCGCUCCGCGCGCCGCGAGCCCCACUAAAUCCUCGCACCGCC